CUUUGGAAGGCGGUGGGAGACGACCAGCAGCCGAGCUGAACAGCACCGGAGUUUGGGGCUGUCCUGGGCAAUACCGGACCCAGCGCUAGCCGCCGAGGCCUCUCGUUCCAAAGGCCAGCCACCUCUCCUCCAUAUUGCCAUGGGAAUUCAAGGCCUGGCCAAACUAAUUGCUGAUGUGGCCCCCAGUGCCAUCCGGGAGAAUGACAUCAAGAGCUACUUUGGCCGAAAGGUGGCCAUUGAUGCCUCCAUGAGCAUUUAUCAGUUCCUGAUUGCAGUUCGCCAGGGUGGGGAUGUGCUACAGAAUGAAGAAGGUGAGACCACCAGUCACCUGAUGGGCAUGUUCUACCGCACCAUCCGCAUGAUGGAGAAUGGCAUCAAGCCUGUGUAUGUCUUUGAUGGGAAACCGCCACAGCUCAAGUCGGGUGAGCUGGCCAAACGCAGUGAGCGGCGUGCUGAGGCAGAGAAGCAGCUACAGCAGGCUCAGGCUGCUGGGGUGGAGGAAGAGGUGGAAAAAUUCACCAAGCGGCUAGUGAAGGUCACUAAGCAGCACAACGAUGAGUGCAAACACCUGCUGAGCCUCAUGGGCAUCCCGUUCCUUGAUGCACCCAGCGAGGCAGAGGCCAGCUGUGCUGCCCUGGUGAAAGCUGGCAAAGUCUAUGCUGCAGCCACCGAGGACAUGGACUGCCUUACCUUCGGCAGCCCUGUGCUGAUGCGACAUCUGACAGCCAGUGAGGCCAAGAAACUGCCCAUCCAGGAGUUCCACCUGAGCCGGAUUCUGCAGGAGCUGGGUCUGAACCAGGAGCAGUUUGUGGAUCUUUGCAUUCUCCUGGGCAGUGACUACUGUGAGAGUAUCCGGGGCAUUGGGCCCAAGCGGGCUGUGGACCUCAUCCAGAAGCACAAAAGCAUCGAGGAGAUCGUGCGGCGACUUGACCCCAAUAAGUACCCUGUGCCAGAAAAUUGGCUGCACAAGGAGGCCCAGCAGCUCUUCCUGGAGCCGGAGGUGCUGGACCCAGAGUCUGUGGAGCUGAAGUGGAGUGAGCCAAAUGAAGAGGAGCUCGUCAAGUUCAUGUGUGGUGAAAAGCAGUUCUCUGAGGAGCGAAUCCGCAGUGGGGUCAAGCGACUGAGUAAGAGCCGCCAAGGCAGCACGCAGGGCCGUCUGGAUGAUUUCUUUAAGGUGACUGGCUCUCUGUCCUCAGCCAAGCGCAAGGAGCCAGAACCCAAGGGAUCCGCUAAGAAGAAGGCAAAGACUGGGGUAGCAGGGAAGUUCAAGAGGGGAAAAUAAAUGUGCUUCACUCCAUUGUUCCUUCUUGAUCCUGAAUAUUUGCCCUUACCCUCAAGCUAGAGCUAGAGAAACCUCAGCGGGGCUGGGAGGGAUGCAUUGUUAUUCUAGUGCUACCUUUCUCUGUAGGCUUUUUCCCUUUUUUACUUGAUCUUAUGGCAGGUGGGCCACAGAAGUGCUUUGUUUUCUCUUUUUUAGCUCAGGAAAGUGUCAGGCUCAAACCACUUCUCAGGCAGUUUACUGGACACUGGAUCCAUUGUUACAUGAAAGUGAUAGCAACGAGUUUGAAGGAGGAAGACAGAGAUGAAARUGGCGAACCAAACUGCAUGGAAAUGAUUUCCUGGCUGGCCAACUGGGGCUUAUGGGGCUGAUCCAGACUGUACGUCCUGAUUCAGCCUUGACCCACCCUGAAGAAGAGCCAUCAGGAAGAUCCAAGUUCAGCAGAUGGAAGAGCUACUGAGAAAAAAGAAUGAGAAGCAGGAGUACCUGCACUUUGGCAGGAAGGGUUUGAUUCCUGGCUGUGUCUUGUGGUGGGCAGAAAUUUUAAAUUGCAAUGUAUUACAGUGGUUUUUCAGAGGAGUAAGAUGAUGAUAUUCUUUUGGCCUUUCUGGGGCAACAACAGAAUUGAGAUUUUUGGGAUAAGUCACUGGUUUUCGUGUGCUGUUUUUAUUUUUAAAAUAUGAAGAGAAAAAAAGUCAAUAAAAUUGUGUAGGUAUCCA